GUAUUUAUUUCCCUGUUUCUUUUUUUUUUUACACUCACUGGCUGACGCGCGGACCAAGAACGCGCACAACCGUUGGAUGAGCUCAAUUGCGCGCGCCCGUGCAGUUGCUGCCAUGGGCAACCAGGUGUCGCUCCAGCUCUAGAAAACAAACCUAGCUAAGCUAAUACACGUCCGUAUUCAUAAUAUGUUUAGUUAAUUAGACUAACAAGUUAAAAAUUAUUGUUUUUUAUUAGUUUACAGAACAAUGUAGCUUUAACAGUUAGUUGUGGUCUGUUGCGUUUAGGCAACUCUGUCCAUUAUUAAUAAUAUUAGGAGGAAGGUGAUUUUGUGAGGGGAAGGAAACAAUAUUUUUUACUCUUAAAGGCCGUCCACAGGGAUGCAGAGGGCGAUGUUUGUCUCGGUGGGAGGGAUUCCUGCUGUAGGAAACCUAGGUGGCGUUCAGAGCUCGGAGGCUGAACUUUCCGAGAGCCACAUAAAGAGAGACGGGAGCGCAUCUCUGCCUCAGACACCUGAUGAGCAUCUCCAAGGAACCAGGGGACGAAACUACACAAGAAAUUAUAUUUUUUUCUUCUGGAUAUUAAAGAAGCACCAUUAAAAAAAAAAAAAAAAAAGAUUUUAAAAUCUUGGAGAAACAUCAAGAGGGAAUUAGUGCUUUAUUGUUACUGGACUUUUCAGAGAUGGCUCUGUCUUUUCGACGCAGGUGCUUGCUUUUGCUGUGUUUGACAGCUAUCCAGAGUGGUCAUGCUGCCGUUCAGACGUGCAUGGAUAAGCACCAGGUGGUCGGGGUGCUUCGUCAAAUGGAGAAGUUUCUGAAAGGCCAGGAGAUGCGGUUUACGGAGGGCCUCAGGAUCAUGAAGUCAAAGCUGGCAACGCUUCAGAACUCUGUCUCCAAGAUGCCUCAAGCAGACCAGUCAGCUGCUCCCACCACCUGCCCCUCUCUGGAAGCUCCCGCUCAUGGAACCAAGUUUGGCUCAAAGUAUUUUGUUGGACAUGAGGUCCAUUUCACUUGUUCCCAGGGCUACCAUCUUGUCGGUUCUGCCACGCGUGUUUGCCAGGACAACGGCACCUGGACCGGCAUCAGUGCCACCUGUAAAGAUAUAAGUGAGUGUGCAAGUAAUCCCUGCCAAAAUGGAGGUACCUGUGUGGAAGGUGUUAACCAGUACAAAUGCACCUGCCCCCAGAACUGGAGUGGGUCUCACUGCCAGCACCAAACCCAGACAGCACCACCUGAGUGGAGUGUUAUGAAUGAUCCAGCAUUCAGCCGGAGACCUCGCUGUGCCCAAGUGAACCGGGCUCAACACUGCAGCUGCGAUGCAGGCUUUCACAUGAGUGGCACCUCUGACAACAGUAUCUGUCAGGACGUAAAUGAGUGUGAAGUGUAUCGGCUGGACCAAGGAGGGAAGCUGUGUGUCCACGAGUGUGUGAAUGUCCCGGGCUCGUACCACUGCUCUUGCCCCAGCGGCUACAAGUUGCUCCGAGAUGGGCGGAGCUGUGAGGAUGUGGACGAGUGUUUAAGCCAGCAGCACAACUGUAGCCGAGGGACAACUUGUAUCAACACGGGGGGAGGCUUUCAGUGCGUCAGCCCAGAGUGUCCCCGUUCUCAUGGCAACAUCAGCUACGUCAAGACAUCUCCCUUUCAGUGUGAGAGAAACCCCUGCCCCAUGGACAGCCGCUCCUGCCACCUGGCCCCUAAGACUGUGUCCUUCCAUUACCUGUCUCUGCCCUCCAACCCGAAGACUCCUGCUACGCUUUUCCGCAUGGCGACAGCCACCGCCCCAGGGCGCACCGGGCCGGACAGCCUUCGCUUCGGCAUUGUGGGUGGAAACUCCCGAGGCAUCUUUGUCAUGCAGCGUUCAGACAGACAGACCGGUGAGCUGAUACUGGUCCAGCAGCUCCGCGGACCACAGGAGAUCAGCGUUGAUGUGGACAUGUCCGAGUACAGCGACCGCACCUUUCAGGCCAAGCAUGUGGCCAGGGUCCACGUUCUGGUUUCACCUUACAACUUCUGAGAAGACUAGAGACAGAGAGGUGAAGAGGAACAAAGAAGAGUGUGUAAUGGGCACUGAGUUUACUGAUACUGUUUCUUCAUCACCUGUCAGAAAUUAAUUUGUCCCAGUAGCUGAGGUGAACAUUUGUUCAGUGGCCAAAUUACCAAAAGAGUGAGAGAGUGACAAGCCAAUAUUUAACAGUUAUAUUAUGAAUAACAGUAUAUGACAAAAAACACAUCAUAGAUGCUUCUUUAAAUAGUGUCAGUAUGAGCUUUGACUGAUGAUGUUUGAGUGUGUUUGAAGCAUAAUGAAUGGGUUGGGAGGGAUGGAUAACUGCGUUUGUCAUUGCUGUUGCUUUAUGUCUGUGUUAUUAUGUCCAUCAUAGAUCAUGUCUGUGUAGCUCAGGGUCAGGCCCCGGGGCUGAUGCACUGCCCUCGCUUUAUUGAUGAUAAAUCCCUAUAAGACAUUAGUGCUCCUGUGGCUCUAAUUUAUUGGAAAUAUUGUUGCUGGUUUUUAUAUUGUAACAUACUGUACACCACAUGUUUAUCUUCCAUCAUAUACUGUAUAUUUGUUUUGUUUUUUGUACUAGCUUGCUAUCGUUUAAGGCACCAUUCAUUAUACUAAGGGAGUUUUUUUUUUAGAGUAGACGCAGUACUGUACCUGGGCAUAUUUCUUCUAUUACUCACAUUCUGUAUCUUACCCAGAAAUAGUCUCAUUAUAUUCUAAAUCAAAGAUGAUUUGGCAAGCUUGCCAAUGCACUACACAAUUUAUCUGGAAUUUUAAUUGUCUCUACAUAACUGAAAUAAAGUCAGUCCAACAUUUCA